AUGGCGUCCACAUUCUAUCUCUUCCGCGUCUUCACGCUGGCUCGUCCUCAGUCUGAAUACCGCGGUAGCAGUCCAGGGACCAUCGCAGAUGCCGUCGGCACACCCUGGAGCAACGCGGGCAUCAUCGCUGGAAUCGGCCAGCUAGUCUUCAUGGCGGUCGUCUUCAUCCGUGGAUUCAUGCGGCGCGGCACGCCCGUUGCAUGGGAGCUCGGCAUGUUCUUCGCCGGCGCCGCCCUCCUCUUCUUGACCGCGAUCCUUGCCUUCACCUUCAAGGACGGCUCCGGCGGCCUCACCUGUGCAGGCGCCACGAACGUCAGUGUUAUCACCAUGUGCAAUGGCCGACUGCCCAUCGCCUUCGUCUCUAUCGCCACAGGUGGCUGGCUUGCGCUCUACUGCCUCAUCGGCGUCUUCGUCACGAUGUCCGCGUCGAGCAGCGGGCAGUCACCCUGGAGCUCGCCGUUCCGGACGAACGACAGCACCAAGGAGAAGCUGGGAGACGUGUAG